AUGGCUCUGACCACUUUUAAACGCCUUCAUUACUCGCAUUACGGAGCAGUGAUAAGAGAUUCAACCCACAAUGUGCUCCUUGAUGGUAUUAUGCCAGCUCGAUGUGUUGAAAGUUCUACAGUGAUGCACUUAGUCGAUCCUCAGACAAGCGAAGAAUUAUUACUCAUCGGCACCUGCAAUAUGUCAACCAAGCUCGCCCACAGAACCAAAGCCCUUGCUGAAAAAUUCAAGCCCAACGCGGUCUUUGUCCAGGCUGCUCCUUACUUUGCGGAAUAUACUAAAAUCGAUACCAAGUGUGCCCAAACUUUCCAUGAGGAGCUUAUCCGCAAUGGAUAUGUGGAGUAUCAGGAAUAUGUAACCAAGAAACCUUUUACUCUUAGAGAAAUUAUCUUCCAGUAUAGAAAAAACAUAGCCAAGCUUUGGCUUCAUCAUACCUUAAGAGUCCCUGAAAACUGGUAUCGCAUUUUCUUGCCUGGACUAGAGAUGAAGUUCGCUGCAGAAUUGGCACAAAAGCAGGGGACACCAAUUUUAUAUGCUGGCGACGCAUUUGGAGUUCAAGGGAUGGAGAUGUUGAGACUUGAAAAAGAUUUUGACGUCUUUAAGCCUUUGUGGAGAUAUUGGUGCGGAAUGGCAACAUCCUGGGUUUCAGAAGUAAAAGAUGUGAGAAAGAUAUUUACUGGCCAUGGAUUGAAGGACUUAACUGAGACUUUCUUUAAUAAGGAUCAAAUGGCUUGGUUCGUGAGAUUUGCCCACAAGAUAUUCCCGGCCCAAACUGGUUGGCAAUAAUUUUUAUGAAAAUAUUUAUAAAAUAAUAAUUUUUGUUUUGCAAUAUUUUUAUUAAAAAAUUAUAAUAGAGACCAAACUGAUGCUUGCAUCCAUAAGAGAAGUGAAGAUCUUUUUAUUAGACUUGAAAGUCAGCUAGAAGGAAAGAAGAAAUUGGCAGUUGUUAAUCAGUGGCAUAUGGAAGACAUCGAGAAGCUUUGGAGAAAGAAGCACGGAAUCGAAAUCAUAAGACCACCUACAAGCGGAACUGAAGAUUUGCCAUUAGCAGAAAUCGUCGCUUACAUGAAAGGAACAGAUCAUGAUAGACAUGCAGCCGAGAAACUCACUGGAACUACAAUGGCUACAGAGUCGAGACAGAACGUUCCUUAUUUCGAUGAGAAUCGUAGUCAUUAUGGCUAA